UGCGCGAACACCAACCUCAACCCCUCAUUCUAAUUUCCCUUUUCUAUAAGGCCGUUCUCUAGGUAAGUCAUACUUGGGGCUCCCCGCGGAUGGAGGACGACGAUCACAUUCAGGAGUUCCCCUCCAUUCCCUUCCCUACCCGCAAGCCCAGAAUGCUGCGGGCAGCGCCAGUCUCUUUCCCGGAAACAGACCAAGAUAAGCCUCGGCCUCUGGCCGAUUUUGCCUCCGGGCUCAGCUGGCCAGGCGGGUUUGAGUCCGUUGCAUUUCAUUCCAUUUGCUUCAAGCUAACCUCGAUGUCUCCUGUGUCCCAGUCCAACAGAAUCUGCGUUUGUUUACGGCCCCGGUCUCUCUGUUUACCACGUCACUACCCGGCGAUCGCCGAAUCCCAAGUUUCCGAACAGACACGGUUGUCUCCCCCUCCGAUUGCAACAUUUCGAGUUCCACAGUCCCAACUUUGAUUUAAGAUGGCGUCGGAGCAGCAGCAGCAGCAGCAGCAGCAGCAUGAUAUUGGGGCACAAGUGGGGGAAGCUCCCCAGAGCUCGGUUAGCGCUCAGGUCGCAGAGGACUCCCAAGCAUCGGAUAACGACGGCGGAGAACGACCUGUUCGCAACAAGCUCAAAGAAACGUCCAUCACCUCGGUAAACAAGGCCGACGACGCCUGCCAGGAGGACAGCGAAACCAGCCGAGCGAGCAGCCGCGGCCGUAAGCGAUCUUACGACGAGGAUCAACCCGAGAAAAUGGAAGAGGACUCGGGUCAUCGCCGGAAGAGAUCGCGCGACUCAAAUACCGAGGAGGAGAAUACUGCUGCUGCUGCCACCACCACCGAAACGGAGUCGCAGCCAGCGGAGGACCUUCAACGCAAAAUUUUGAGCCCGAAGAAGAAACGAAGUCGCGAUCAGUUGGAUAAAGACGAGACGAAGCCGGCCGAGGCCACGGAGCAGGUCGAACAGUCGACCGCCGACAAAGAAGCCCCGACAACGGAGAAGUCCGCCGCUGAGGGCGAACCCGAGAAGAAGAGACAUCGGGAUGAUUCGCAGGAGCGGGAAAAGGUUUUGAUCCCCAGCGGUUUCGCCAACACUUCGUCUGUGUCACCUUUUGGUGUAUUGGGUGCGGGUGCCAGCAAACAAGAGUCCGCGGACCCCAGCGCAAAGUCCUCAGCAGCCUUUGCGGCAUCUGGCUUGGCGGCUUUUGCCAAAACCGAUCAGUCUCCUUUUGGCACUUUCGGUAGCUCAACCUCCUCUGUCUUCAAGUCGCAACCGCCUUCAGACGCCAGCAAGCCGGCUCCCACUGGAUUUGCCGCUGCGGCUGGUAAGUCCGGCUUCGCUUCCCUGGGAGCCGGGUUCGCCGGUUUCAGUGGUGGCUUUGGAUCCGCAGCCCCUAAGAGCGCGAUUACGAGCCUCGCUUCUCCCGUAACUCCCAGCGUUCUGGGUAGCAAGAAGCCCAGUGCUUUUGGACAGCCCGAGAAUGAAGAGGGCGAAGAAGGCGAUGCAGAGGAGACCAAUGCCGGCCCGGGCGAGUUUGAGCAAGACAAGACAGACGAGCGAUUUUUCGAGCGACCCAUUGAAACCGGAGAGGAGAACGAGAAGACGUACUUCUCGUGCAAAGCGAAACUCUUCCAAUUCAGCAACAAGGAGUGGAAGGAGCGCGGCAUUGGCACAUUCAAGGUCAACGUACGGGUGACGGACGGGGUGGAGGACAAGAAGGCGGCGCGGAUGAUCAUGCGCGCCGACGGAGUGCUGCGGGUGAUGCUGAACACGCCUAUCUUCAAGGGAAUGACGGUGGGCGACGCGACAGGACAGCCGCCCAAGUCGAAGCAGAUCCAUCUUGCUAGUCUGGAGGAGGGACGAUCAGUUCCGCUUUUGCUGCGGACGGGUAACGAGGAGUUGGCUAAAGAGCUGUACAAUGUGGUGAAGGAGCUGCAGUCGCAUCAGUAGGUUGCUGCUCUGAGGGGGGGCGGUUUGUUGCGGGGGAUGAAUUCGUCGAGGAGGGAAGAUUCACACGACUGGAUACAAGCGUUGGAGGGAGGUUGGUUACACACAUCUUGGAGGGCGAUAGACCCGGUUUGUGUGUAGGAUUCAAGCCUUGAUACUGUGGAUAGGUAUUGAUAAUGCAUUUUCCUAUGUUUUGUUGUUAUCGAAAUCGGGGGGCCAAUCGGGCCGUUGGAUGAGAU